GCAAGUGCGUGAAUGAAUUCAUAUAAAUGAGCAGAGAACCCACAGACCGGCCAGUGUAAAGGAAACACCUACGAAAAUUGUGUGUUAUCUCCACUUCUCCUCAGUGACCCUAAGGCAACAUGCAUCUCAAACUCUUCAGCAUCCUGCUCCUCCUGGUCGCCGCUGGGAGCGCGAAGGUCGGCGAGCGAGGCAACUGCCGCAGUGGAUAUUUGCAAUGCAAGGAUAACAUGUGCAUUCCUAAGGAGCUCUUCUGUGACGGAUUCUUCGAUUGUGGAUUCGGAGAAGAUGAGUCUGGCUGCCCGAAAGUGAAGCCGAGUCACGACGCCCCUUUCCUCGCCGACCACCCGGGGGAGGCAGCACAUUUCGCAGCCGACCCCAGCGAAGCAGAAGCCCCGGUAUUCCCUCUGGAGUUCUUGUGAUGAAAAGGUCUCGCGCAGGAGGUGAUGCACGGGAGAUCGCGAGGCAGUAGUAGGGUGCAAGAAUUGGUGUGGCAGUGCAGUUAUGUUGAAGGCAAGAACUGAUAGGGAGGUGCCAUUAUUCUGAAGGCAGUUAGUGGGAAGGCAAAAAUCGAUAGGGAGGUGCAGUUAUUGAGAAGGGAAGGACUGAUAGGGAGGUGCAACUAUUUGAAGGCAAGAGCUUAUUAUGAGGAACUGGGAAGAUUUCGACGCUGCAGAGGAGGAUGGGGGUGACGCACAGCCUAAAAGUACAAGUAUUGACGAUUUUGGUUCAGGAAUAUUUCUGGCGAUGCCUUCGUUAAGAAUGCAGGUUCAUUGUGAAGAAAAAGAACAUCUUGGGAGAAAAAAAAAUCCCAUGUGGUAAAACUUACGAGCAGACAACCAUCAAAAGUCUUAUUUAGUUAAUUAUGAUAUCAAGUAAAAAAAAA